AUGCUCGAGACGAUCAAAUGUGGUGCUCGUACCUGUGAACCCAUGCAUAGGUUCAACUGCCCCGAAUCAACUAUACGUUCCCUUAAGAAGAACAAGGAAGCCUUAACUGAUUCUGUGAAUGUAUUCUCAAGAUUUUCUAGUAACAGGACAUUCUCCGAUAAUUCACAACGAAACCUACUGCUUGUUAUCACAAAACAUUACCUUCACAAAUGGGUGGAAAGAAGACACCGUGAGCAGGGCGGCCUGUGUGGGCCACAGAUAAGGCAUCAGGCAUGUGUUUAUUACGCUGCAGUUGUACAGAAGAAACACGUUAACUCUCCACCAUCGUUCAAUGCUUCUGUUGUUUGGUUGGCUGCCUUUAAGAAACGUUGUGAAGUCAAGUUUGCCCACUACCAUGGGGAGAGUGCAUCAGCUGAUGUCAUAACAGCAGAAAAAUAUCUACCUGUCUUUAAAGCUCUUGUGAAAGAGGGUGCUUAUUGCCGAGACCAGAUCUUCAAUUGUGAAGAAACUGGCAUUUUCUGGAAGCGUUCUCCUAGGACCACUUUCAUUGCCAAGGAUGAAAAACAGGCAAGGGGCAUAAAGACUUCAAAGGACAGGAUUACAGUUAUAUUCACAGCUAAUGCAAGUGGUGAUUUCUUGAUGAAACCCCCGAUUGUUAACCGUGCUGCCCGUCCUAGAGCCUACCAUCAUGCAGCAGCUCCAUGUUUAUUGGAAGUCUAA